AUGCUGACUGCUCUUGAUGACCCUCUUAUCUUAGAUACCGGAUUUCCUUUUGUUUCCAGGACAGGAAAGACAAACGAUUUCACAAAAAUCAAAGGCUGGCGAGGGAAGCUUCAUGGUGCUUCUAGAAAUGAAGGUGGCAGUUCAGAAGGUUCCUUGAAGAAUCGCUCAGCGUUCUGUAGUGACAAGCUGGAUGAGUACCUGGAAAAUGAAGGGAAGCUGAUGGAAACGAGUAUGGGAUUCUCUUCUAGCACUCCCACGUCUCCUGUUGUGUAUCAGCUUCCCACUAAGAGCACCAGCUAUGUGCGAACACUCGACAGCGUUCUAAAGAAGCAGUCCACCAUAAUUCCAUCAACAUCUUACACGUUCAAACCUGCUCUUCCAUCAUCUACCUCUAGGAAGACAAGGACUCAGAGCAGACAGACAUCUACAAACAGUAGAGUGAAAUCGUCUUACAAACCUAUACUGCCUUCUCCUUACUCUGCAAAGCAGAAACAGAACUCGUCAGCAUCAGGGGAAAAGGCUGCUAAGUGUGUCUCAAAUAGCAGUUUGACUAACCAAGCAGAUAGUUCCACGGUGCCAGCUCUGGAUGAAAACAUACUUGCAAAACAGAUUAGUUUGCGCCAAGCAUCACAACAGCACCACGCAGCUCGUCCACCAGGUUUGUCGAAAUCUCAAGUCAAGUUAAUGGACUUGGAAGACUGUGCUCUCUGGGAUGGCAAACCACGGACUUACAUUACAGAGGAGCGAGCAGACAUCUCCCUGACAACCCUGCUUACAGCUCAGGCUUCUCUCAAAAACAAACCUAUCCACAAAAUAAUAAAACGACGAGCACCUCCUUGCAGUAAUGAUUUCUGCCGACUGGGUUGCAUAUGUGCUAGUCUAGCACUGGAGAAACGUCAGCCUACCCACUGCCGCAGGCCAGACUGUAUGUUUGGUUGUACUUGCUUGAAGAGAAAAGUGUUGCUCGUGAAGGGAGGAUCAAAACAUAAGAAAAUAAUGAAAAAGGCUGUACGUGGAAAUCUCGUGUUGUAUGGAACGCAAGAAGAGCAUCAAGAGGAUGAAGAUGUGGAAGAAGACGGUGAUGGGGAGGAAGAUGAGCUGAAACAGAAAGAUAAGAGGAGGAGAAAAAAGGUGGAAUACACUAUCUGUGACUCGGAGCCAGAACAGCCUAUUAGGAAUUGUCCUUUGUGGGUGAAAGUAGAAGGUGAAAUAGAUCCGGAGCCAAUUUAUAUCCCAACACCGUCUGUUAUUGAACCAGUUAAAUCUGCAGUACUGCCCAGCUCUGAAGUCGUGGUUUCUACUAAGCUUAGGUCUUCCAGUGGAGUAAAACCAGGCAGAGUGUAUACUCCUAAACCAAAUCCAGUGAUUCGAGAGGAGGACAAGGAUCCUGUCUACUUGUACUUUGAAAGUAUGAUGACCUGUGCAAGGGUCCGAGUGUAUGAACGCAGGAGAGAGGAGAGAAAGCAGCAAAAAGUCAAAAGUGAUUUGCAGAGUCCUAGUAUAAAGGAGGAUGAACCAGAGCUUCAGCCUCCUGAGAAAUCGACCUGUGAGAUAGACAAGGAUACUGGUAAAUCAGGAGAGAAAAGCUGGUGGUCUUCCCAUAGUGAGGGGGACUCUUCCUCCACCUCCUAUGUUCAUCACACCACUCCAGGUGGACCAACCAAACUUAUCGAGAUUAUUUCUGACUACAACUGGGAGGAAGAUCAUGAUAAGAUCUUGACCAUCUUAUCACAGCAUAUCAACAGUAACGUGCCACAGUGCCUCAAAGUGGGUAGCUUCAUUAUUGAAUUGGCUUCGGAACACAAGGCCCAGGAUGAGAACCACCCUCCUCUCUACUGCUCCAGAGUGAAAAUUUCAGUGCCGUCCUACCAGGACAAGGACAAGAAGCCUGAGAUACCUGUCUUGGAGACUCCUGAUAGUGGAGUGCCAUCAUGCAAAACCUCAGAAAAUCUAAAGUUCUGGCGGGCAGACACAUUGGACAAACUGCCGGAGAAGCUGCACGGGGGCAAAGGCUUGCCUGUUUAUGCAGGUGUUUCCCGUGCGGGAAGGCUGGUUGUCUACAAACGCAAAGAUAAUAUGAGUCCCUCAGGCUUGAUUCAGGUUAAUGAUAAAAGGUAUCCUCAGGCCAAACUGCUUUUGGGACAGAUGGGGGCAUUACAUCCCGCCAAUCGGCUAGCAGCUUAUAUCACAGGCAGGCUGCGACCCACAGUACUUGAUAUCUCAACCCUCAGUACUGUGAUCAACAAGGUAGCAUCCAAUGCUAAAGCAGCUGCUUCUGGGACACCAUCAGUCCAGGUGCCCACAACAUCAACACCCAAAACUACAUCUUCCACCAGCACUACUUCAACCCCCACUGUGACGACUCUGAAAACUCAUGUCCCAGCACAGAGACAGAUAGCUGCACGACCCUCACCUGGUGGCGUAUUCACACAGUUUGUGAUGAACAAAGCUGGAGCUCUGCAGCAGAAGAUUCCUGGAGUGAGCGCACGCCAGCCUGUGUCAGGGCCACAGAGGUUCAGUAUCAAGCCUACCCCAGUAAUGGUUGUCGCUCCCGUGGUUCCCUCAAGGCCAUCCCCAGCUCAGUGCACAGUCUCACCUGGGGCCACUACAGCCACCACCGCUUCUCCAGUUACUGUGGAAAGCACCAGUGUGGCAGCAUCUACUGUGACCACUCCUAGCCAAACAAGAGCUAAUGAACCUGCCUGCCCUCCUGCAGAUAAAGUCACAGCUGCUCCUGCAACGCCUGCAGUUGGCGCCUGUCCUGCUCCCUCAUCCACUACUCCUCUUGCCACUGUGAACAUAACAAAAGCUACAGGAAUUGUUGCACCAGUAGCAACCACAUCACUCCCUAAAACUGCAGUAACAACACCAACUUGUUCCGUUGUCACAACAUCCACUUCUACGGUUGUACUGACAACAACUGCAACAGCUACAUCUGUGGUGACCACACCAGCUUCCUCUGCUCUCUCUGUCCCAAUUAUACUGUCAGGAGUUAAUUCAGGUCCUUCACUGAAUCCGAAAAGAGAAGAUGCUGCUCCACAAGCUGUAAGUAAGACUCCUCCGAAGAUGUCUUCUGAAACAGAUAAACGUGUGGGACCUCGGUUGUUGCUGAUCCCAGUGCAUCAAACGUCUCCUGCUUUGCGACCGCUGAACAACGCACAGCUUGGUCAGCGGCAGAGGAUGGUUCUUCAGCCUCUCAGGAGCCCUGGUGGUGUGAACUUGUUCAGGCAUCCUAACGGGCAGAUAAUUCAGCUUGUCCCUCUGCAGCAGGUUCGAGCUGCAGGUGCCCAGCCCAGCGUGCAGCCGGUGAUGUUCCGCAAUCCAGGAUCUGUUGUAGGAAUCCGGUUGCCUGCACCUUCUAAGCCUCCUGAGUCACCUGUGUCGCCCACUCCCUCUGUGUCUUCCACUUCUCCUGCCACAAAUCCAGCUGUACAAACUGCAGUACCAAAGUCAUCCCCUACAUCUAACGUAACCACUCAAGCGUCUUCUCUUCUUCCUUCAGUAACAAGUUUUGUGUCACAGGCCGGCACUCUGACUCUGAGAAUCUCUCCUCCAGCUGCUAGCAGCGUGACAAAUCAAACGGCCUCUGAACCUAAAAUAACCUGCAGCUCAGGUGGUCUGCCAGCUACCACUGCUAAUAUCAUACCUUUCCAAUCUGGUAGCUUUGCUUUACUUCAGCUCCCAGGACAGAAAACUGUGCCAAACUCCAUUCUUCACCAUUUUGCAUCUCUUCAGCUGAAGAAGGAUUACAGGAAAAUAUGCAAGAAAGAGGACGUGGGUGCUGCACAGCAGAAAGAGAAUGGGAAGGCUUCGCACUCAGAUGACACUGAAGUUACAGAGUCUGAGGUCACAGUGUCAGAUAAGAAAAAAGAAGAAAAUGAAUUGUCAGUUAACCAGUCCAGUACUGUUGAAGAGUCAGGAUCUGGCACAGUGGCACCUGAUGGAAAUUCCUCUACAUUAGAGACGGUGGAGAAGGACUCAAAGGUGCUGGAGAGCUCAUGUGAUGACAGCUGCUCUUCUCAGCACGAUGUUUCCGCAGAUGUCGUAUCAUCCGACCAUUCGUACAUCAGUGAGAAGCCAAACGAUGAGGAAGAGAAAGAGGCCUCCGAGGAGAAAAAGGAUUCUGUCAGUUCUGAAACUGUAGUGGAGGCUGUUUCAACGAACUGUGAAACUGUUUGUGGGUCAUCAGAUGAGUCUCUGGUUGCUUCUGUGAAUAAUGAACAUCCACAGAGCCUCAAGAUUCAAGAGGCUGCACAGCUGAAGAACCAUGAGAAGAAACAAAUACACGCUGAACAGGAAGAGAAACCAGUAAAAGAGCAGGAAGGAGGUGGACAGACACAGAUGAAGGAGGAUGACAAGGCAAGUUCUGGGCAGUUACAGAGUCAACAAGAGCAAGAUACACAGCUGGAAAUCAAGGAGCAGAGAGGGACUGAACCGUCUCAGAACAUACAAGAAUGCCAGGAUGAUACUGUGCAGCCACAUGUGGAAAGGAAGGAGUUCAAGGGCUCUACAGAAGCAGAAGGCGUAAGAGAGGAAAAAGGGAGUAAGUCUGAAAUCAGUUCUGCAGAAGAGCAAGAUAAGGCUUCAGGAGAAGAGCAUACAGUCAGUACUGAGGAAGGAAAAGCAAACAUAGCUGGGCAGGAAGGCAGUAACAACAAAGAACAAGAUGCUUGUGAUUCUCAGGAAGAAAUGAAAACAGGUCAUGAUAUCGUGACACACGUCAACAGCUCUUGGAGUAAAAUAUCUAGCAUUGUACCUGCUUUAGAAAAUAAAAGUGAGGUGGAUAACAAAGCUGAUACACUUGAGAAAAGCGACUUCCUGCCGCCAGAACAGAGGGCACAGGAACCCAGGCACCAGAAAAAGGAUUAUGUGCCAACUGUUGACAUAACUGCUGAUGAUAUGGAAGAGGAAGAAGAGGAGGAGGAUGACGAGGAUGAUGAUGAUGAAAAAACUGAUGAUUCGGCUGAUGAGAUGCUGGAUGGUGCUUCUGACUUCCCAAGUGAAGAGGAAGUAGAUGUUGAAAAAGUGGAUGCGUGUGAAUACAGUGAGGAUGACGAGCAGCAGGUGGACAUUGAGACCGUGGACGAGCUUUCAGAGAAGAUUAACAUUGCCCGUCUGAAGGCCACAGCUGCUUAUAUCCGACCUUCCAGACAGAAAUACCAUGCUCGUAAUUCUUCGGAUGAAAAAAUAACAGAAAAACGUGCGAAGCAGAAACGUCAGUUCUGGAAGAGAAGGAUGAAGUCUGAGGCAGAAGCCUUUGCUCAUUACCGCCAGACACACACAGCAAACGAACGCCGGCGACGUAAUGAAAUGAGAGACCUCUUUGAAAAGCUGAAGGAAGCUCUGGGGUUACACAACCUGCCCAAGGUCUCCAAAUGCUACAUCCUCAAGCAAGCCUAUGAAGAAAUUCAAGGAUUGACUGAUCAAGCAGAUAAACUUAGUGGCCAGAAGAACUUGCUGACACGCAAACAAGAUAUUUUGAUUCGAAAAGUAUCCACGCUUUCAGGGAAGACAGAAGAGGUUGUCCUGAAGAAGCUGGAAUAUAUCUAUGCCAAACAAAAAGCAGUAGAAGCACAAAAAAAGAAAGAACCACCUGAGCCAGAGCAACCUCUUGUAACCCCAACUGGUAGCAAACAGCAAGAAGAGUCUUCCGCUUCCUCCAGAGAGCUGGUCCAGUUGCCCAUGACAAACAAAAGAGGAAAGCCACUGAUACUCGCCAGAAAAGCACUCCGUCCCAAAGAAGACACCUCCUCCCCUCUUACACUAACUGCUGCAAACCUAGUGAUGACUCCACAGGGGCAGGUGCUGACACUGAAGAGCCCGCUGGUACCAGGGCCCGUCACAGCUGUUCCUUCCACACUGUUGCAAGCUGAGUUAAAGCCUCAGGCUGUCGGUACUACAAUGACAGCGCAGCCAGGUAUUGCUUCUGUGAUGAUUCAGCUGCCAGGAUCAACAGUUCCUGUCCAAGUUAAAGGAAUCCUUACUAACUCUAGCAUUCCCAUUACACUGUCAACUGUUGCUGGAAACCCAGUGCCCUCAACAGUAGGAUCAGCUGCGCAACUCCGUUCAGAAAGCGAAGAUUCAUUCAUGAUGCCAAAGAUCGUUAAUGUAACAUCACUGGCUACUGAGGGACCCAUGAGUCUUGCCCCUACUAGAAACAAAAGAUGUAAUAGAACAACAGCCGUGAGGAGUCGGGCUGCUGGGAAAUCCUUGGUUGGAGCACCCCUUGAAAGCAGGAGUAGCGAUGGCAUCCUUUCAGAAGAAAAAGCCGAGCCAUGUCCUGGAGACAGUGGUGGAGAUGGAAUAAACACCACAGGCCCCACAGAAGUUUUAUUUGAAAAUAAAGAUGCCUUUCCACAGCUGCGGAACGUAUCGUGUACAAAGGAACCUCCAGAGUCCUUGAGCAAAAAGCUCUGCGUUGGUGAGUUUGUAGGAAGUCAAGCCAGGAGGAAAGACGGUGAUCAUGGAGGGGAAGGACUAAAAUCUAAAGAACUGCCGUUCCGUAAACUGCAGAUCAAAGAUUCCAGGAUAGAAAUGGAAUUGAGGAAAGUAGCGUCUGCAAUGGAGGAAGCAGAACUGGAUCCAAGUGACUUACUGAGCAGCAUUGAGGAGAGCGAUGACACUGAUGAAACCCUCACUUCACUGCUUAAUGAGAUUGCCUUCCUCAACCAGCAAUUGAACGAUGAUGCUUCAGCUAUGUCAGAGCUGCCCAGCACUCUAAACUCGGAUUUCUCUCAUGAAGAUGCAGGAGCUCGUCGGGGAGCAGCCGGUGAUCUUACUGCUGCAGAUGGGUCUUCCUUCCAGUUUGGCCAUUUGGGAGGCAGCUUUAAGGACCUUUCUGAAGGUCCGGAGGAUGGUGGCUCUAUAAGCCCUCUCCUGCUGCAGCUGGAAGAUGAUGACCUCACUGACGGGGAGAAGAACUCUGGGGAGCCUUCAUCUGAAGCAGAUGUUCUAAAGAUAGUAAUAGGUGCUGAAAUGAAGGAUCCACUUCCCAAUCUGUCCGCAACCAGUGGUGGGAAUGGCAAAACCAUAACAACCCUGGCAGAGACUGCUAAUGUGACUCCACCAGUUCUGCAGAUGAAAAUGAAUCCAGAAGCCAGUAAUGCUGACACUCUCUGGAGGCCCAUGCCCAAGUUGGCACCGCUUGGCUUAAAAGUGGCAAGUCUGCCAGCGGACUCGGAAGGGCAGGGUAACAAAGUGAUGCCCUUACUGGCACCUGUAGUUGCAAAACUGGCACCCAGUGGGGUAAAAACUUCAUUACCUACAAGUGUUCAAGAAGGGCAGGAUAACAAAGCGAUGCCCUUAUUGGCACCUGUGGUUGCAAAAUUGAACACUACUGGGACCUUGCCUUCAAAUUCAGCAGGCAAAUAA